AUCUGUCCUUGCGUUUAUGUCGCCUACCGGAGUCCACACAGCGCUGGGUUGAUGUUCAUAGACGCACACAGCAUUAAGCGAGAUCCGACACUUGACUCGAAAGAUACAAAAAGUGCAGUUUGUUCUCUUUUUGGGGAUUUUCUUCCUCAAUGAAAUACAGAGAUAAAGCGGGAUGAUUUAAAUGGACCUGCGAAGAAAAUGUUCUUGAGGUGGUCCAGGACAGGAACCUUUAAAAUCGCUUCCUGCCUGUCUCCUGGGGUCAACCCUCUCUGAUCCUCCAGCCGACCCCCCUCCUCAGCCCAUCAUGGAGAGCCUCACUGAGCUCCAGAACCCACUCCUGGACAAAACCAGCCGCCACCUGGUUCAGGACGGCUACCAGGGCUAUCAGUGUGACUACCCCGGCCACCCCUACCAAGACAACAUCAUCGGCUACCUUUACACGGGGACCAACGGCAAGACGAAGACCCAGCAGUUCCUGGAUGCCACGUCCCUGCACCUGGCAGUGGAGGCCUUCUGUAGGCCCGGGUUCCUCCUCUAUCGGGACGACGUCAGCCUGCAGAGCAAGGACUCGAGGAGCGGGAGCUCUGAGACCACCUUCACAGAGGGGAAGGCGGCCGAGGGGAAGGAGGCCGAGGGGAAGGAGGCAGAGGGGGAGGAGCCGUCCACAGAGGAGCAGGAGAAGAGAGACGUGAAGAUCCAGACUGUGUCCCACGACGUGGAGGACGAUGAGGGCCAUGGAGACUAUGAGAGCGACAGCUCCAGCGACAGCGACAGCGAGGACAACUUGAUCCUGCUGCCUCCCAGGGAGCACCUGGGCCUGGCCAUCUUCUCCAUGCUCUGCUGUUUCUGGCCCCUGGGCAUCGCAGCCUUCUACUACUCCAACAAGACGGGCAAGGCCGUGUCCAAGGGAGACUUCUCCAGAGCUGGGAUGUUCUCCAGGAGGACGCUGUUCCUGGCUGCCCUGGCCAUCACCCUCGGGACGGGCAUGUACGUAGGGGUGGUGGUGGCCCUCAUCGCCUACCUCUCCAAGACGGGACACGUAUAGCAGCAAAGGCCUGGAUGGAUGGGGGAAUACGAAGAGAGAAGAGAGAGAGAAGAGAGAGAGAGAAGAGAGAGAGUACAGAGAGAGAACAGAC